UCCUCUGCAGAUUUAAUGAUCAGGAACAUCCUCCUGAUGCACGCUGGGAGAUACGGGUGCAGGGUCCAGACCGCAGCGGACACCGUGUCAGACGAGACAGAGCUGCUUGUUAGGGGUCCUCCUGGUCCCCCAGGGGUUGUAAUAGUGGAGGAAAUUACAGACACAACAGCAACACUCUCCUGGAGUCCUGGGGCAGACAAUCACAGCCCUAUCUCCCUCUACAACCUGCAAGCACGCAGUCCAUUUUCUCUUGGCUGGCAGACCGUAAAAACAGUUCCAGAUCUGAUAAGUGGUGACAUGGAGUCUGCUAUGGCUGUGGAGCUGAACCCUUGGGUGGAGUAUGAGUUCAGAGUAGUAGCAACCAAUAAAAUUGGGACUGGAGAUCCAAGUGCACCAUCACGAGUGAUCAGAACCAAUGAAGCAGUGCCAAAGACACCUCCAGCUAACGUAAGUGGCAGAAGUGGAAGGCGACAUGAAUUAGUAAUAGCAUGGGAGCCAGUGUCAGAAGAGUUUCAGAGUGGAGAAGGAUUUGGAUAUAUUGUAGCCUUCAGACCCAAUGGAACACGUGGCUGGAAGGAAAAAAUGGUGACAUCUUCAGAUGCCUCAAAAUUCAUCUACAGAGAUGAAAGUGUGCCACCUCUGACUCCUUUUGAGGUGAAAGUUGGUGUUUACAACAACAAAGGAGAUGGUCCCUUCAGCCCUAUUGUGGUCAUCUGCUCAGCUGAAGGAGAACCCACUGCUGCUCCCAUUGAUGUCAAAGCUACGAGUUUGUCUGUAUCAGAGAUUCUUGUUGCGUGGAAACAUAUUAAAGAAAGUCUAGGAAGACCACAGGGAUUCGAGGUUGGUUACUGGAAGGACAUGCAGCAGGAAGAAGCAGCAGAAAAGGUCAAAACAGAGGGAAAUGAGUCAUCCAUCCUCCUGACAGGGUUAGAAGGAAACACAUUAUAUCACCUAACAGUGAGGGCAUACAAUGCUGCAGGGUAUGGACCACCUAGCACUGCUGUGCAUGCAGCAACCAAGAAAUCCCCUCCCAGUCAAGCACCAGGCAAUAUUAUGUGGAUACAGGAUGGCUCACAUGUGUCUCUUGGGUGGGAGCCAGUCAGACCUCUAGCUAAUGAAUCUGAUGUAAUGGGAUACAAGGUGUUAUUUCGGCAAGAGGGCCAGAGCAAUAGCCAAGUUAUAGAAACACAGAAAACCUCUGCAGUGGUACUUCUUCCUGAUGUUGGGGUCUACAUCAUUGAGGUCUGUGCAGUCAGUGAAGGAGGAGAUGGGACUGCAAGUCCCCAGAUCAGAGUUCCAUCUUUUUCAGGAGGGAAAGUAACAAGUGCUCAGUCCACCUUACAUGUGUUGUCUACUUCCUCAUCCUCUGUAACACUGCUUUUGGCACUGAUGGUACCUUCGACUUCAUGGUGAAGGCUGCAGACUUUGUUGUUGUUGUUAUUUGUUUGCUUUAACUUGAUGACACCAAGGGAUGGAGUUUUAUGUCCGUGGAGAAACUGAAAACCCAAGCUAAUGCUUAAAGACCCAUCAAAAUGCCUGUGGUGCACUUAGAGGAGUGUUGGAGACACGGUCAAUAAUGCAUCAGGUUUUUAUCUCUUCCUUAUUUGUAAAAGUCUUCUGGGGAGGAGACCCUUCUUGGCCCAAAAGUAUGCAGAUUGUAUGUAAUAAACUUUUGUAAGCAAAGGUAAUUUCUGUCCAAUGUAUUUUCCUUUUUUAAUAUGUUCAAAUUUGGUGAACCCAGUCAUGUAUCAUCAGGUGUUUAAAGGGUGGUGUCUAGUACAGUACACCUGUAGGGUUUGGAAAAAAAAAUCCUUUUUUAAAUAUAGAACAAAGUUUGAUACAGCUUUACUUUUGAAUACUUUGCUUGCAUCCCUUAUAAACGGUUGCUCCUACUGACAAGGAAGAAAAACAGUUUAUAUAAAAAUACCACUGCAAAAGUAAAGAAUUUGUUCUGAAAAUAUAUAAUAUGUAUUCAAUUGGGGGAAAGAAUUGUCAAUGAAAUACUAGACAGAUUAUCCCAGAAAGCAGAAAAGUGGAGCAGAAAAUCCAUUUAUUUUCUUUCCAAGUAAAUGGAAGAUUACUAAACACAAGCUUAGGAGGAAACCAGUUGGUUUUCAUCAAAUACCACAAGAUUUCAUGUCCAAUGGAAUUUUCAGUAGAAAA